GUCUUCCCUCUUCUGCGCCUGCGCGACCGUGAUUCCUCAGUCUCGUCUCCCUACCCCCCAGACUCGGCCGUGAGGGCCGCGAGCUUCGAAAGGGCGGGAAACGCCGUUGGAGAGGGAGAGGCGAGCGGUUACUCACUCCAUGGCUGCGCAAAGGAGAGGCGGUGGCGGCCUCGGCUGAAGAAAGACGGCAGGAGCGGAGAGCGCAGGCGCGAGCCGCCUUGAAGGCAGAUGUCUGUGUAUGUGACUGUUUCCCUGAGCACUUAGAGGGUUGCAGACACCGGUGGAUUUGCUUUGGGAGCCGGAGUAGCUGCUGCCACCAGAGUCUGGAGCCAUGAGCGGGUUUAAUUUUGGAGGCACUGGGGCCCCCACAGGCGGGUUCACCUUUGGCGCUGCAAAGACAGCAACAACCACGCCUGCUACGGGGUUUUCUUUCUCCACGUCUGGCACCGGCGGGUUUAAUUUUGGGACUCCCUCCCAGCCAGCCGCGAGCACCCCUUCCACCAGCCUGUUCUCACUCACCACCCAGGCUCCGGCGACACAGACCACAGGAUUCAGUUUUGGAACCACAACUCCUACAGCAGGAACAACCGGAUUUUCCUUGGGGAUCAACAGCCCAAAGCUGAACUUGAGCGGCACAGCUGCCACCCCAGCCACGACGCAGCCCAGCGGCUUUGGGCUCGGCGGCAGCACCCUCACCAAUGCCAUCUCGAGCGCCGUCACGUCAGCCCAGGGCACGGCGCCCACCGGCUUUGUGUUUGGCUCUACCACCACGUCUGCUGCUCCGUCCACCACACCUGGGGGCUUCUCGUUCACGGGCGGAGGCACGUCCCAGACCGGGACCUCCGGCUUCAGCAUUGGCUCCAUGGGGAGCUCAGCCCAGCCCACGGCCCUCACCGGGCUGCCUUUCACACCGGCCACACCAGCGGCCACUGGAGCAGGGGCCACACAGCCUGCUGCUUCCGCACCUGCCGCCGCUACCACCAGUGCUGGGCCCUCGCUCUUUGCCUCGCUGGCAACCGCUCCAACCUCGUCUGCUGCCACCGGGCUCUCCCUUUGUGCCCCAGCCACCACGGCGGGGACGCCCGGAGUGGGGACGUUGGGCUUCAGCCUGAAGGCCCCUGGAGCAGCUUCCACCACCUCCACGGCGACGACCACCACCGCCACCACUGCCACCACCGGCUUCUCCUUGAAUAUAAAACCACUGGCUCCAGCUGGGAUCCCCAGCAACACAGCGGCCUCCGGGACCGCCCCAGCCGGCCCCAGUGCAGCCACCGGGGUGUCCGCCAGCCCCGCGAUGACCUACGCCCAGCUGGAGAGUCUGAUCAACAAGUGGAGCCUGGAGCUGGAGGACCAGGAACGGCACUUCUUACAGCAGGCCACGCAGGUCAACGCCUGGGACCGCACGCUGAUCGAGAACGGGGAGAAGAUCACCACCCUCCACCGCGAGGUCGAGAAGGUGAAGCUGGACCAGAAGAGGCUGGACCAGGAGCUCGACUUCAUCCUGUCUCAGCAGAAGGAGCUGGAGGACCUGCUGAGCCCGCUGGAGGAGUCGGUCAAGGAGCAGAGCGGGACGGUGUACCUGCAGCACGCCGACGAGGAGCGGGAGAAGACCUACACGCUGGCCGAGAACAUCGACGCACAGCUGAAGCGCAUGGCCCAGGACCUCAAGGACAUCAUCGAGCAUCUGAACACGUCAGGGGGCCCCGCCGACACCAGCGACCCGCUGCAGCAGAUCUGCAAGAUCCUCAACGCGCACAUGGACUCGCUGCAGUGGAUCGACCAGAACUCGGCCCUGCUGCAGAGGAAGGUGGAGGAGGUGACCAAGGUGUGCGAGGGCCGCCGCAAGGAGCAGGAGCGCAGCUUCCGCAUCACCUUCGACUGAGCCGCUGCUCCAAAGGUGCACAGCGGGGCUGGGGACAUGCAGUUACUGUCCCGUUUGGGGUUGCAAUGAAAUACAUGUUGGUUUGUUUCUUUCAAACAGUCGUGCUGUUGAGAGAACUGUUCUGUGGUUUGACUUUCCACCUUAACGAAUAGAAAGGAUUCUCAGCGCUCCGGCCAGGCAGCAGCCUCGCAGGUGUGGUUUCUGUGUGUACCAUCUGUGUGUCCUAGACUCUCUCCAUCUACUACAACCACCCACCUCCAAGAGCUGGAGAAGCACUGAGCCGCCUGAGAACCACUUGUCUCCCAGCCGGGAUGCCACGCGGCCACUCUGUCCAACACACAGGCAUAGGUGCAGGGAGGGAGAAAAGACUACGGUCGAAGAAUCUCAAUCCUCAAGGAGCCAGCAGCCUGGUAUAAGUGUAACCGGUGUAGAGAAGUGACUUGUGAAUGGAACGGACAGAGGGACAUAGAAUUUCAAAGGAGGAAGGAUAGGUCAGAUGAGGGACUGGAAUGAGGUGUUGAGAAAAGAGGUCUCACCUUGCCUGGCUAACACACCUCCUCGUCCUCAUCUCCUUAUCUCAGGCUUCGCCUCCUCCGGGAAGCCCUCUCAGCCACCCUGAAGCUGGGUCAGGUGGCCGUCCUGCAUCCUGCAGGCCCCACACCACACUGAGCUUGCGAGCUCACAUCUUUGGUUACACUCGUCACACUGUAUUGUGCCGACUGUUUACUUCUCUGCCUUGCCAUUAGGUUGUGAGCCCCUGUGGGCAGGGACAGUUUCUUGUUCCCCUUUUGUCCUUGGCACAAUUCCUGUCACACUUGUCAAACAGGUGAACAGUAGAGAUGAAACCAGCAUAAAACAUUAGUCCACAGAAUGCUUGUUGAAGUGGCCAGGGUGCCAGAGGCGGCCACAGACUUGAUUCUGAACCUCCCAAAGCCAAAGCAAACCUAGUCAGUUGCAGUGAAAUCCACGGUGUCCAGAAGGCAGAAGCCAGCCAGCUGUAUCCCAGGUGUCUUUUGUAUCUGUCUUUACACUCUGCUGCACUCUCUGAAAUACCUACGGCUGUCUGUUGCUUUUCUAAAUAAAAUAAAGUUUAUAG